CAGUAUCUUCUCAUUGUGCACACAGACAUGUCGGACAAGCCUGCCACGCCCACAAAGCAUGCUCUAGAGGACGAAGAUGAAUUCGAGGACUUCCCAGUGGACUCCUGGCCCUCAACGGAAACUCUAAAAGCCUACAAGGAGGGCGACUCCUGCCUCUGGGAAGAAGACUGGGACGACGUAGAAGUUGAGGACGAUUUUACUAAGGAAUUGAAAAAGGAGCUCGAGAGCAACAAGUAG